AUUAUACCUAUUUCUAAUUAAGCUAAACAUCAGUAGCUAUAUAUAUUUUGUAGUUUUUGAAAACACACAUUAUAAUGCGUUCGUCAAGGUCUUCAUCUCAAAGCAGCACUGCUGAAAUGGUUAGUCCAAAGGCCAAUGAGUUAAAUGAAGACGAAAAGAAAUAUCGUCCUCGACUCACAUUCUAUGCUGCGUGGACAGCUUCGUUCGUAUCACUGGUGGGUUUGUGGCAAUAUGGUUUUUCAAUCGGUUCAAUUAACGCAGCAUAUGGUCCCGUAACAGAUGCGAUUCGCCAGCAGUAUGAGGGUCGUUUUAACAUGACUAUUCCAUCAUCAUUUGUUGAUGCUAUAUGGGUUACGUCAUCGGCUGCUUAUCCGAUUGGAGGAAUAAUAGGAUGUCUCUUCGUUGGACCUAUCGUACGAAAAUUUGGAAGAUUGAGAGGACUUUUACUGGGACACGUCAUCACCGUGUUCUUUUCCAUUCUCUUGGGCCUUGUGGGUGUUUUGAAUUCUCCUGAACUUUUAAUAUUGAGCAGAGUAGGAAUUGGUUUUACAAGUGGCGCCAUCGGCACAGGUAUAUCUGUAAUGUACGUUAUUGAAAUUAGUCCUCAACAUCUAAGAGGUGCUUUUGGAUCUCUGAUAUCUGUUGGAAUAAACUUCGGCCUAAUCGGAGGAAAUGUACUUGGAUUACCACAGGCACUUGGAAAUUCCAGAUUUUGGCCAUUGUUGUGCUCAAUAACAGGAUUGCCUUCAGUAAUUUUCAUUCUUCUCUACAAGACGCUGCCGGAAAGCCCAAGAAAAGUCUUCAUGGAAGACAGAAAUGAAGAAAAGGCCAUACAAAUAUUAAGACGCUUGAAUGGAGUUCAAGACGUCAGUCGUGAUCUUAUACAAAUGAAUCAGGAGAGAAACAGUUUGGAAACGAGUCAACAGAUGACUGUGAAACAGCUGAUUUCUUCCGCUGCUUUACGUUCAUCAGUCAUAGCAGCUUUGGUGAUAUCAUCUGCUCAACAAGUAACUGGGUUGAAUGGAGUAUCCUUCAACAUGAAUAAUAUAUAUUUACAAGCUGGAAUUCAACAGAGUUAUGUUCAUUAUUGCAGCAUAGGCGUCACAAUCUUGAUUCUAUUUUUCCAAUUAUUUUCGGUUGGGUUGACGGAGAAAUAUGGACGAAAGAUACUACUAACGUCUGGAUAUGCCAUUGAAGGAAUGAGUCUUAUACUUUUAACAGUGUCAAUUGAACUAAGACAGCAUUCGAAUGCAUUCUCCUUCGUUGCCGUUGGUGCCUCAUUAGGUUUUUGGGUUGGAUUUGGCCUUGGACCGGGCCCAGCCACACUACUAGUUGUCGCCGAGUUUUUUGAACAAACGUCACGAUCAGCAGCAGUGACAGUUUCAACGAUAGUUUUAUGGAUCGGAUUUGUCCUAACUGUAGUUGUGACACCAUACAUGAUGGCUGCAAUGGGUGGAUACACGUUUCUUCCGUAUGGCAUAGUGGCUUUACUUUCUGUGGCUUUUAUUUAUUAUAAAGUCCCCGAAACAAAGAACAGAUCCUUCAGUGAGAUACAGAGGAGCUUCGGGAAAAAGAUGGAAGUAAUAACGGAAGUAACCGACGAAAGCUCGAUUUGAUAUUACAUAAGAUGCAAUUGAGGCAACAUAGUCUUAUGUAGAGCAGUCUGCUUUCUACCAAGCACCCUCAUGAGUUGAAUUUGGUUACAGUUAAAAUACGAAAUACGGCGUGAUUUUAUUGUUUAUAUACCAUGUAAAAGACAUAAUAUUAUAAAUUUCGAAUAUUAUCUAUUGUGUUUAUUUUUCUUUGUGUCGUGACAAUGAAAUAAAUAACGUAACAA